GGUCGAGAAGAAGAGAAUAGCUUGUAGCGCAGUGGAGGCUUGUCAUUAAACCUAUCACCGUGUUUUUACGCUAUAACAUCAGGUGUUGUUACAACGCUAGAAUUACGUUAUUUGCGACAAAAUUCUCUCAAAUUUUAUGCAUCACUGUAUUCUGUCCGUAGUUCUUUAGCUGCGCGCUGACGCCAAAGCGAGCUGACGAGUAAAUAAGCAUGGCUUAUGCACAGAUACUGAGAUCCCUGCAGUGGAAACAGACGACCGCACGAUACGUGUUGAAUCCACGUAAACUCCUGGCGGCCCUUCCUGGUCACGCGCACGCAGCAACGGCUCUGAUCCACAGAGGCUUCCCGUCUUCUGCGUGUGUGCUUUCUGCCAGGAGCUUCGCUGUCAACUCCUCUGCUCGGAGUCAGAAGUUAAAACCGAAAGAGAGCGACCUGACAGUUUCCAGGUACGGGAGUCCAAACACUUCGACUGGACAAAAAGUGAAGGAAGCUGGUCGAGAUUUUACCUACUUGAUCGUUGUGCUCGUUGGACUUGGAGUGACAGGUGGCCUUCUGUUUGUGGUCUUCCAGGAGCUGUUUAGUUCCUCCAGUCCGAAUAAAAUAUAUGGCAAAGCUUUUGACCGAGUGAAGUCACACCCGGAGGUGAUCGGUGCAUUUGGAGAACCUAUCAAGUGUUAUGGAGAGACGACGCGCAGAGGAAGAAGACAGCAAGUCAGUCAUAUGAUGUACCAAAAAGAUGGACUUAAAUAUAUGAGAUUGAAGUUUUACAUCGAAGGAUCCGAGCCAGCCAUAAAAGGAACUGUGCAUUCAGAAUCGAAAGAGAAUCCUGACACUGGAAAGUUUGAGUUCCGUUACAUAUUUGUGGACGUUGACACCUACCCGAGGCGAACCAUCGUUGUGGAGGACAACAGAUAAAAGAUCAAGGUCGCGUUCUGUCACUGGGAAUUACAAUCUGUAAAUAAAUGUGUUUUUUGGUAAUCAAGUGUUAUCCAUCUUAACUGAACAUCAUCCCUAAACAUGAAAAUUUAAGUUUUGAAUGUGAGUGUGUGAGAUGAGGUUUUUGUCUGCA